UUCAUGAAGAAUUUAGACUACCAGAACUUGAGUCUUUAGCAAAAAUUGAAGAUGUAAAGUUGAUAUAUAAUAAAAAAGAAUAUAAGAAAGAUUGUCCAUUUUUGGUUGUUAACAUUGAAACCGAAGAAGAAGCGGAAAGACUUGUUAAACGGGCUAUUUUGAUAAAAAAUAUUUAUGAAUUAUGGGGAAUGGGGGAAGCCUAUGAUGAAGUGCAUGCACAAGUAAAAGCUAGUCCUGAACGAUGGUCUCUGUAUAUCCACAAAUCAUUCAAAUUUACGGUAUCAGGCUUCGGAUCCACAUGUUCAUCAGAUUAUCAAGUUCGUGUAAUCAAUUCUUUUUCUUAUCUCGGAUUUAAAGGAGAUAUCGACUUAACAAAUCCGCAAGUACAAUUUGGUGUAUUGGAAGAUUAUGGACUAGAUUCUCAUGCUCCAAUUCCACCGCAAACACCUUCUACUAUAUAUUUUGGGCGAUUAGUCGCUUCUGGGAAUAGGGAUCUAGUUCAGAAAUACAAUUUGAAGAAGAGAAAAUAUAUUGGAAAUACAUCAAUGGAUGCUGAGUUAUCAUUGAUAAUGGCUAAUCAAGCAUUGGCUUCUCCGGGAAAAUUGAUAUAUGAUCCGUUCGUAGGUACAGGCAGUUUUCUUUUAACAUGUGCGCACUUUGGCGCGUUCACUUUGGGGUCAGACAUUGACGGACGACAAAUUCGCGGACAAGCGAAUAAAUCUAUAAAGUCUAACGUAGACCAGUAUAAUCUAAGUGACAAAGUCUUGGAUACCUUAGUCUUUGAUAUACGUCAUCAUCCGUGGCGAGAAAAUCUCUGGUUUGAUGCAAUUGUAACCGAUCCACCGUAUGGUGUUAGAGCAGGUGCAAAAACACUUGGUAGAAAAGAUCCAACAAAACGGUCGAGAAUAGUAAAUGGUGUACCAGCUCACAAACGUGAAAAUUAUUAUCCUCCAACAAAACCAUACGAAAUGUCCGAAGUUCUUAUAGAUCUCUUGGAGUUCGCCGCACGAUAUUUAGUAGUUGGUGGUCGUUUAGUAUAUUGGUUACCAACUAUCGUUGACGAGUAUUCAAGUACAGAUAUACCCGCUCACCCGUGCAUGAUUCUGAUUUCUAAUAGUGAACAAAAUUUUGGGCAAUGGAGCAGACGAUUAGUUACAAUGGAAAAAUUUAAAGAAAAUGUUGAAGGUGAACAUGCAAAUGUGAAGAAUGCGAAAAGUUUAGAUAAUAUGUCACUAUUAUUCCAAAAAAAAAAAGAAGGAAAAAGUGAUAGAGAUGAAAAAGAUUUCGGAAAAACGUAUGAUAGUGACACUAAUAAAAAGCCUGGGCACUACUUAUUUCGUGAAAAGUAUUUUUCUUUCAAAUCCGAAGAAAAAACCAAACGAGAGCAAACAUGGUUAAGAUUUAAGAAUAAAGACAAUACAAAUGACAGUGUCGACCACACUCAAUCAUUUUCUACAUCUGCUACAGAAAAUUUGCUUUGUGAAAAGCCGUCAGACUAUAAUGCUAAAAAACCGGGAUGA